UUUGUCAAACGCAACAGUCAAGCAAUCAUGGUACAAAAGUUGAUCAUUCUCAGCGCUUUGGUGGCCGCCGCUAGCGCCGUCGCCGUCCUGCCAGGCCACGGUUACCCUGGUCUGGCGUUGCCCGCUUUGCCUGCACUGCCAGCUUUGACGAAAAUCGCUACGCCUGUGCUGCCCGCCAUCACCAAGUACGCCGCGCCACUUGCCGUCGCCAAGGUGGCCGCUCCCGAGCCAUACGACCCCAAUCCACAAUAUAGCUUCAGCUAUGACGUACAUGAUGGUGCUACCGGUGAUGUGAAGAGCCAACAGGAACACCGCAGCGGUGAUGUGGUGCAGGGCGCCUACUCGCUCAUUGAGCCUGAUGGCACACGUCGCAUUGUCGAAUACGCUGCCGAUCCAGUGCACGGUUUUAACGCAGUCGUUCGCCGCGAACCUCUCGCCGUUAAGGCUGUCGCCCCAGUUGCCAAGAUUCUAGCUCCAGCCCCACUAUUGCACGCACCAGUCAUUGCGAAGGCCAUUCCAGCCAUUCCAGCUCUGUCAGGCUUGCCAGCUUUGGGCGCUUUGCCAGGAUUGCCAGCGCUUGCUCACGCACCACUUGCUGCACCCAUCUAUCACGGUUAGACGUGUGCUGCAUGUUUAAGGAAAACAACUCUGCAACAACAACAAGCACGACAAAUAUACUACACUUAGUCAAUUCACAUAUGAGAAAAUGUGAAGUAUUGCCGUUGCCGACCUCUUGCCGCUGCCAUCACCCCAUGAUUGAAUGAAUGACAAUAACAACAACAUUACACAUUACAAACAACAUUACUCGUAGCCCUCUGCAAGCCAACAAAACCACCAAACAAA